AUGGAGAGCGAUUCUACCGCAAAGGGAGACCGUACGGCGUAUGAUACGGAUGGAGCGUUGGUCGAGCACACCCGCGGCGACUUGAUUCCCGAGCCAGAGCCUGCUUAUAUCCCGGAUGGUAUACCAGAUGAUGAACGGGAAGCGCAGGAGCUUCAUCAAGUGGCAAGUGAGCCUCGAGAACGAAUUAGUCGCAUUCUGAGCCCUGGAACAACAGCGCAAGAGUCUUGGUUUGGUCCUGUGAAGAACUUCUGGAGGCAUCACGUUAGGAUUGAUGUGCCGCACGUGGAUUGCAGAGAUCAUCUUGCAAACGAACGCACCUUCCUCGGCUACCUCCGAACCUCCGUAGCCCUAUCCAUGCUCGGAACGAUGAUAGCCCAACUCUACCGCCUGCAGCACUCCCCCAAACCCAACCCUGUUUUCGGGUACUUCGUCCUCGGCAAGCCGAUCUCAGCCAUUCUGCAGUGUAUGGCACUAUGCAUGCUGUUACUCGGUGCGAUAAGAUAUUUUCGACAGCAGGCGGCGAUGGCGAGGGGGAGGGUGUAUGCGGGAGGGUGGGAGAUGUGGGUGAUUGUUGGGGGGAUGAGUUUGGUGAGUCGUGAUUUUUAUUUGAGAUUAUUGGGGGGGAGGGGAGGGGAGGUGGAUGUGAGGGGUGGGGUGGUGGUGGUGGUGUAA